AUGAGCACCUUGGGCGAAUCGGUUCGCCCUCUUGGGCCGUGGUAUGUUUGUCGAAGCCUAGUGGACGUGUUGGAGACUGCUGUUGCCAACGUGAUUCUCAGUCUUCCGUCCCUCACUCUUGGUAUCGUUGGCGAGGAAACCCCCAAACCGCAGUUCAUCCAGCAAGCGUCCAUCAAUGUCGAAGACCAUCUUGAGUUCAUAGACAAGGCGAACACGGACCCCGCCGCCCGCGACUCCAUCCUGCUUGGUAUCCUCGAAGACCUCCACGAUCGACGCUGGCCUGACGUAGAACAUCGACCGCCGUGGAAGCUAACUGUCCUUUCCUGGAACACUAAACCCGAGGAUAAUUUGGUGGUAUUCGAUGCGGUGUUUGCGGUCCACCAUGCGAUUGCCGACGGGCGUAGCACUGCGCUAUUUCAUGCAGCGCUCCUCAACGAACUCAACCGAUCCUCGGGCCGACCAACGCAGCUUUGCGGGCGCACCUUGAACGUGACAAGCGGCGGCACUGGGAAACGUGACCCUCCCCAGGAAGAGCUUGUUGAAUUCAGCAAAUCCUGGGGAUUCCUGGUUCGUACUUUGUGGCGUGAGCUCGGGCCUGCCUCGCUCCAAUGGCAUCAGCCAGCAGUGCCGUGGACCGGGAAGGUCAUCACUCGGGAGCCAUGUCAAACAAGGCUACGGCUCGUCAGAGCCCCUCCAGUCGCCGUGCCGCAUAUUCUCGCUGCUUGCAGGGCGAACCAAACCACACUUACGCCAUUGAUCCACGCCCUGGUUUUGACCGCCCUCUCUCGACUCGUUCCCGCAGAGCAGGCCGUGGCGUUCCGGAGUUCGACUCCUAUCGACCUGCGGUCAUCCAUCGCCAACAGCUCACAGCCGCAGUCGGGCCGAAAUUUGUUUGGCGUUUUCGUUACCGCCCAAAAUCACGUCUUUGAUGAAUCCACCAUCACAACGCUGCGGGAGGGGUCAGCGGAAGAAAUAUGGGGAGUAGCGGCGGCCCUGCGACGUAGCAUGAAGCAGCACCUAGACAAUGUGCCAAGGGAUGAUAUCAUGAGUAUGCUUGGCUGGGUGUCCAAUUGGAAUGAUUACUGGCUUUCCAAAGUAGGAAAGCCACGCGGAGAGACAUGGGAGGUGUCCAAUAUCGGGGUGAUGCCUACGGACGAGCCGGGGAAGGAAGAAGCGGAUGCAUGCUGGAGGAUACAGCGGUCCCUUAUGUCUCAAGGCGCCACAGUUGCCGGCACUGCUAUUAACAUCAGUCCAUUCAGCAACAGCAAUGGCGGUGCCAGUGCCGUCUCGUUAGUGCAGGUCCGAGCAAAGUCCAACAGGCUCCGACCAAAAGAUCAGGGCGUUGUCGUCCGCUUGCUCGAGGAUAUUCCCAAGUUCGGGCGUCGAGACUCGGUGUUCCGCAUCGAGCGAGGACGCAUGCGCAACGAGUGGUUCCCGGCCAUGAAAGCCGAGUACAUGACUGCGUCACGCUUUCGCGAGCUUGGCCUGACGCGCGAUGACAUUGGCGAUCGUGAUACUACGUUCGGCACUAUGGCGGCUGCCGACGACGUCGAGGAUGCCCCAGAGCUUGAGUCGCCCAAGCCGACUGUGGUUAUCACCUCUCCUGAAAAAGCUCACACUCUCCUGACCACCCUGAUCCCAGACGCUCUCGUCUUCCACCGCAAACCGAUCCCGGCACCGCCCCCUCCGCCCCCUACCCAGUCCAUCUCUCCUCUCGUCGCUACCGCAAAUGCAAACACUGCGCAGGAUCGUGACAACACCCCGCUGGCUAUCUACGGCUCGGUGUCAGCCACUGAUAUUGUGGGCCACAUCAAGGGCCUGCUAUUAAAUGAUGCUGAGGGCAGCCAUGUGGUUCUAGGGCCGGAAAAUAUCCGCUUCCAGGGCUUGGCUGAGGAGACGGAUAGAAUCAAGGCAUUGGGCCGUUGGGAGAUCGAAAUCUCAGUCGGCGGUACCGGGUUAGAGCCCGUGCGUAAGGUUGUCGAGAUCCUCCCUCUAGCCGAAGCUGCGGGCGAGGGCGAAGCACAGCCUGCUCUGUGA